UAUCAAUUUAUGGCCAAACCGCGAAACCGCAGGAUCAAAGCUUACUGCUUUACUGUGGAAUAAAAUCCGAGUAUCCAACAGAAACUUGCAGUGAAGCUCUUCAAGUUCCUCUUUGUUCUUUAAACACAAAAUUCCACCAAAGUUUUGCUCCAAGGUCGAGAAAAAUGGAUCUCAAAUUGGAACUCAGUCUCAAAGGAGAUGCGGAUGACCUUAAGUUUCAGCUUGCAAAAGAUCAUACAGGUCCUCGUUUUCAGUCUAAAGAAACUGACACUAUGUUCAUCCUCACUGCUCGGAUUAGAGGUUAUAUGAGAGAACAGAUAAAGAUUGACAUCAAUAAGGAUGGGACUGUAAUCACGAUAGGCGGUGAGAAAUCAACUGAGGAGGUGAUAAUGGUGGGAUGGAAAGUGUACAAGAAAGGGAUAGAAAUAAUGAAGUUCAGAAAAGCCUUUAGAAUCCCUGAUGGAGUGAUUUUGGAUAACAUUAGGGCAAAUAUUAAUGAGGAUGAAUAUAUGCUGAGCAUUUUAAUGCCAAAGAAAGUGAAGGGAAUAGUUGGGAUAGGGAUUGAGGAAAUGGUAGAGCCAGAGCUUGUUUUACAGGAUCCUGAAACUUUACCAGCAACAUCUAAAAAGAUUACAAAGAGGGUAACAUUUAAAGAAGAGAGCAGUAGAGAUCCUAAGCAGAAAAUUGCAGAAGAAAAUGGAAUUGAAAGUGCAGAGGAAAAUCAAGAACAGGAGAGUGGAGCAGUGAAGAAAGCAUUAGAGGAGAGAGAUGUAGCAGAUAACAAAAUGACUCACAAUGCAGAUUUGCCAAGUUUGGCAUCAGAUGAUGACAAACAAGUUCAAGAACAGACAACUACUCACGAAAUUCCCCGAGGAGAUGACAAAAUGUCAGGAGAGAUGAAACAGACAAAUCAAGAAACACCAAAACCUGAAUGCAAUCAAAUUUGUGAUCAUGUUGAAUCUUCUUCACAGCAGAAAGAUCAAGAUCAGGAAAGCGUUGAUCAAGUUAAUGGAAAACAAGUUCACCACGAAAAAGAAAGUGGCAUUCAAGGAAAAGAAAAGUCUGCAUUAGAAAAGACAGAAGCUCAAGAAGGUGAGCAGGCAAAGACAGAGGAGCCUCAUAAGAAAUCCAACAUAUUUGUUCCGCUUGUUGCAGGGGGCUCGGCAAUGCUCGUAUCUUUGGUUGUCUUUGCCAUUCAUGCCACUAAAACUAAAAACCAGCAAGACAAAAGGAAAGAUUAGAACAACCUUUCACACACAAAAUGUUAGUUUGUUAUCCAGAUGAGUCUUCUUUUUUCUCUUAUUUCUUUUUUGUUUGUUUCUUUUCUCUCAUCUUACUACAGUGAAGGGCACUUUGUCAUGCAAAUUCCAGUAAACAUUUAUGUCAGAUUCAUCUGCAAUUUUAAUGAAUCUGGAAACAUAAGGUGUAGUA